CGGGUGCCGGGCCGGGGGAGCCGCGGGCUCUCGGGAAGACGCGGAUGAUGAACAAGCUGUACAUCGGGAACCUGAGCCCCGCCGUCACCGCCGACGACCUCCGGCAGCUCUUCGGGGACAGGAAGCUGCCCCUGGCGGGACAGGUCCUGCUCAAGUCCGGCUACGCCUUCGUGGACUACCCCGACCAGAACUGGGCCAUCCGCGCCAUCGAGACCCUCUCCGGUAAAGUGGAAUUGCAUGGGAAAAUCAUGGAAGUUGAUUACUCAGUCUCUAAAAAGCUAAGGAGCAGAAAAAUCCAGAUUCGAAACAUCCCGCCUCACCUGCAGUGGGAGGUAUUGGAUGGACUCUUGGCUGAGUGUGGCACAGUGGAGAAUGUGGAACAAGUCAAUACAGAUACAGAGACUGCUGUUGUCAACGUGACCUAUGCAACCAGAGAGGAAGCAAAGAUAGCCAUUGAGAAGCUGAGUGGGCAUCAGUUUGAGAACUACUCCUUCAAGAUUUCCUACAUCCCCGAUGAAGAGGUGAGCUCUCCUUCACCCCCUCAGCGAGUCCAGCGUGGGGACCACUCUUCCCGGGAACAAGGCCACAGCCCCGGGAGCUCUUCUCAGGCCAGACAGAUUGAUUUCCCGCUGCGGAUCCUGGUCCCCACCCAGUUUGUUGGUGCCAUCAUCGGAAAGGAGGGCUUGACCAUAAAGAACAUCACUAAACAGACCCAGUCCCGGGUAGACAUCCACAGAAAGGAGAACUCUGGGGCUGCAGAGAAGCCUGUCACCAUCCAUGCCACCCCAGAAGGGACAUCUGAAGCAUGCCGCAUGAUUCUUGAAAUUAUGCAGAAAGAGGCUGAUGAGACCAAACUAGCUGAGGAGGUGCCUCUGAAAAUCUUGGCCCACAAUGGCUUGGUUGGAAGACUGAUUGGCAAAGAAGGCAGAAAUUUGAAGAAAAUUGAACAUGACACAGGGACCAAGAUCACUAUCUCUUCCUUGCAGGAUUUGAGCAUCUAUAACCCUGAGAGAACCAUCACGGUGAAGGGCGCCAUUGAUGCAUGCGCCAAUGCUGAGAUAGAGAUCAUGAAGAAGCUGCGAGAGGCCUUUGAAAACGAUAUGCUGGUCGUUAAUCAACAAGCCAAUCUAAUCCCAGGGUUGAACCUCAGUGCACUUGGCAUCUUUUCAACAGGACUGUCCGUGCUUCCUCCACCAGCAGGGCCCCGUGGGGUCCCCCCCAGUGCCCCCUACCACCCUUUCGCUACCCACUCCGGAUACUUCUCCAGUCUGUACCCUCAUCACCAUUUCGGCCCAUUCCCGCAUCAUCACUCCUACCCAGAGCAGGAGACUGUGAAUCUCUUCAUCCCAACCCAGGCUGUGGGUGCUAUCAUCGGGAAAAAGGGGGUGCACAUCAAACAGCUGGCUCGAUUUGCUGGUGCCUCUAUCAAGAUAGCUCCGGCAGAAGGUCCAGAUGUCAGUGAAAGGAUGGUCAUCAUCACCGGGCCACCUGAAGCCCAGUUCAAGGCUCAGGGACGGAUCUUUGGGAAGCUGAAGGAGGAAAACUUCUUUAACCCUAAAGAAGAGGUGAAGCUGGAAGCCCACAUCCGUGUUCCCUCGUCCACAGCCGGCCGCGUGAUCGGCAAAGGGGGGAAAACCGUAAACGAGCUACAGAACUUGACAAGCGCAGAAGUUAUCGUGCCUCGUGACCAAACCCCAGAUGAAAAUGAAGAAGUGAUCGUCAGGAUUAUCGGACACUUUUUCGCUAGCCAGACUGCGCAACGCAAGAUCAGGGAAAUUGUACAACAGGUGAAGCAGCAGGAGCAGAAGUACCCUCAGGGAGUCGCCUCACAGCGCAGCAAGCAAAGCAGUGCUCUGAGUAUCACAUCACACAAACGGAACAAACGCGAAACACACGAACCAGCUUCAGCUUACACUUGGUUACUCAAGCGAACAAGAGUCGAUGGCACUUGUCCUAGCGUCUCGGAAGAGCAAAGCGGGAACCCUGCAAACCAACCAGCCAACCAAACAAAGGAAAACUCCAUAAGGAAAGAAUGUACUUUGUCUUUUUACAUUUUGGUAUAUAAGCCAUCAACAUUUAGUGAAAUUAUUUCUUUCUUUAAAAAUUUAAAGUGCAGGAAAAUAGCAAUUUAUACAAGGUUGUUGGCCCAGGGCAUUAAAUUUACAGAUUUUUUUAAAAUGAGAAAAACACACAAAUAAAGCUACCUCAGGUGUUUUUUACCUCA